UGAGCGCAAAGACGCGCUGCUCGGUCCAGUGCGGCCAGCGGCGCCGCCGGAACCCGGGGCUGUCAGUGCUGGUGCUGCUGCUCUCUCCUCACCCCGGGCGUCCCUCGCACUAUGGCGGUCCCGCCGCAGCUACGAGCCCUGCUCCAUGCGGUCAACGAACUGUUGCGCAAGCGCCGCUACCACGCUGCUUUGGCCAUGCUUAAGGGCUUCCGGAACGGGGCAGUCUAUGGAGCCAAAAUCCGGGCCCCUCACGCGCUCGUCAUGACCUUUCUCUUCCGGAGUGGCAGCCUCCAGGAGAAGCUGCGGGCCAUCCUGCAAGCCACGUACACCCACUCCCGGAACCUGGCCUGCUUUGUGUUCACCUAUAAGGGGCUCUGCGCCCUGCAGGCCCACAUGCAGGGCGAGACCUACCAGGUGCACUCGUUCCUGGCUGCCUUCAUCGGGGGCUUGCUGGUGUUCGGAGAGAACAAUAACAUCAACAGCCAGAUCAACAUGUACCUGCUCUCCCGCCUCCUGUUUGCCCUGUGCCGCCUGGGCGUGGAGAAGGGCUACAUUCCCGAGCCCAGGUGGGACCCAUUCCCCCUGUUCACCGGGCUGGUGUGGGGGCUGGUGCUGUGGCUUUUUGAGUACCACCGGCCCACUCUGCAGCCGUCCCUGCAGUCCUCCAUGACCUACCUGUACCAGGACAGCAAUGUCUGGCAUGACAUCUCAGACUUCCUCCUCUACAACAAGAGCCUCCCCUCGAAGUAAUGCAGCCCCGAGGUGCUGAUGGGGGCUUCCACAGCCGAGAUUGUCUCCAUCGGUGAAUGAAUCACCCCCAAAGGAUCCUGCCUUCUCAAGAUCAUGGUUCUCAGACUCCAACUUUUAUUGCCCCAGGGUUCCAUUUGCCGAAGCAAAAGCACUGAUUUCCAAGACCAUUAGGUGCUCUCCAAUGGCGGAACGAGUGGUGAAUUGGGCUGCGGGGCCUCGACGUGAUUCCGGCUGUGCUGCUGGCUACUGUGAGACCAGGGAAAGGUCCCCCCCGCCCCCGGACGUCAGGGGUCAGCGAGCUCAGAGGAGGGCCCUGAAGUCUCUUUCUGGUGGGUUAUGGUCUUUGACCAUUCUAUGUAACAGGAUUCCUUGCUGGGGGGCAGUGGGUUACAAAUAUGUUUUUAGAAAAAAUUAAAUUCCUGGGCUCAGGUGUUGCUCUAGUGGAGAAGCUCUAGAAUUCCACUGUCCAAUAGAAGCACAAUGUGGUCUGUAUAUGUAAUUGAAAUUUGUCCUAGUAGCCACAUGAGAAAAGGUAGAAAGAAGCAGGUGAGAUUAAUGUUAGUUAUAGAUUUUUAACCUGGUAUUUCUAAAAUAUUAUCAUUUUAACAUGUAAAAAUGAAUAUAAAAAUUAAUGAGAUAUUUUAUAUUCUUUGUUCUUGUACUAGGUCAUCAGAAUCAGGUAUGUAGUGUCUCCUUACAGUGUGUCUCAAUGGGGACCAGCCAUAUUUCAAGUGCUCAGUAGCCACAUGUGGCUAGUGGCUACCGUAUUGGAUAACACAGAUAUGGAACACUUCUAUCCUUGCAGAAAAUUCUAGUGGACAGUGCAGAUAUAGAGCUAGGGGACAUGGAUUUAAGUCCCCACUCCACCACUGUGUAACCUUGGGGAAGGUUCUUAACCUCUCAGAGCCUCAGUUUCUUGCAAAAUGAGGAUAAUCAUAAUACACACCCAGUGUCCACGUUGGAUUUGUGUAACUACAAGAGCUGCUAUUACUGCUAAUUACUUCCAUUUAGUGAGCUCCUACUUCCUCCCGGGUGCUUUGCACAUAUUAUUUGUAACCCAUACAAUGACCUUGCCGGUGUGUAUUUUGAUCCUCAUUUCGCAAAUGUGGACACUGAGAAUCAGAGGGGGAAGUCACUUGCCCAAGAUAAUACAACCAGUAUGAUAGCCAAAUCAGGGUUUGAACCCAGAGCUGUCUGAGUUUAAUACCCAUUUUUUUUUCAGUGCCUUAUGUUAAAUUUAGAAACCUAAGCUAUGCUAUGCAAAUGUUAACGAGUUCUAGGAUGGGCUCCAGAACGGGGUGCAAAUUCAAAUGCCCGGAGGGUUCUGGCAAGGGGCAUAAAUGAAAAUAUUGUGCACUCAGGAGUGAUGGUAACCUGGGGAACUGAAGACUCAUGUGCCAGUCCAAUUUUUAAAAUCACUGUGCUGGACAAAUCAAACCAGGUCUCCAGGAAGAUGUGGUCCAUGGCCCAUCAAUUUGAGACCCUUGGUCUAGUAGGAAUACUUCAGUCUCUUUUUAGAAAUUACUAGUAGACAUGUGUCACUGGUGAUCUUAUUAAAAUGCAGAUUCUGAUUCAGUGAGUUUGGGCCAGAGAUUCUGCCUUUCUCGCAGGCUUCCAGGUGCUGCUGGUGGUGCUGCUGGUCUGACCCGUACCUUUAGUAACAAGGUAGUAGGGAAUGAUGUGCAGCCAACCAUAAUCUCUUGUUACAAAUGAAGAAGCCAAGUCACAGAGCUGUUAGGUAAUCAUGGUGGGAUUAGGCCUGAUUUUAACAGCAGUGUUCUCAGCUAUGACAUUGACCUGUACACUUGGAGAAGGUGAUCUGGAAGGUUCCCUGAAUUCACUGUGUGGAGGCUGAAUGAGAUCCCCAGGUUAUGAGGAGGAAGGGGGUGGCCAUCAGUAAGCAGUUGCUGGGGGUGCUUCACCCAGUCCCCACUAACUUCUCGCUUCACUGCACACCAGCCAACUCUUCCAACUGCCACCCCUGUGUCUUUCUGCCUGAGGGCUCUCGCUUGCCCCUGGCACCUGCUCUGCCACCCACAGCAGGUCUGGAGGAGUAACACAUCUGAUAACUCCCAGGCGCAUGCUCCACACUGGCUCCUGGAGUUCCCUAGCAGGACUGAACUGACCCACAGUGGUCACUUGCUUGAUAACUCCUCCCCCACCCUUCCCUGUCUCCUUCAUCCCUAACAUGGGAUCACUUCCCAAAUAAACCACUUGCACUGAAA